UUGAGCUUUAUUCCUCUCUCUUCCAUUUGUCUCCAUUUUUCUCGAAUCUCAGCCGUCUGUCUCCCUCUCUUUCGAGGCUGCCGCCGUUCGUCCCCCUCGCCGUUGUCGCCUUCGCCUCCGUCGCCUCCUCCAUCCUUCUCUGCCGCCUUCCUUCUCCGCCGCCGUUAGGACUGCCGUUGUUCCCUUCUCUCGCUGUUGUCCCCUUCUGCCGCUGUUGUUUUCUUUCUUUCAGUUCAAUCUCUGCGAAGAAGAAGUCGCCAAUCUCUCCAAUGUCUACCAACGACGGCAUCCCAGGUGUCUCAAACUGUUAUGUUUUCAAAAGUCGGUUGCAGGAGUAUGCUCAGAAAGUUGGACUUCCAACACCUGUAUAUGAGACUAUUAAGGAAGGACCAUCCCAUGAGCCUUCUUUUAGGUCCACAGUGAUUGUGAAUGAUGUGAGAUAUGAUUCUCUUCCUGGAUUUUUCAAUCGUAAGGCUGCAGAACAGUCAGCUGCUGAGGUUGCUCUGAGGGAACUAGCCAAUAGAAGGGAACUGAAUGAAUCCGUUUCUCAACCAGUGCAUGAAACAGGACUCUGCAAAAAUUUACUGCAAGAAUAUGCACAGAAGAUGAAUUAUGCAAUUCCAUUAUAUAACUGCCAGAAGGAAGAAAAACCAGGCAGGGUGGCUCUUUUCUCUUGCACAAUUGAGAUAGGAGGGAUAAAGUAUAUUGGAGCUGCUGCAAGAACGAAAAAAGAAGCAGAGAUUAAAGCAGCUAGAACUGCUCUACUGGCCAUCCGAUCAAGUCCGUCUGGCCCUUCCGAGCAACCCACAGGGACGUCUGUCUACACCGUUGUUCCCUGCAAAAAGAAGGCUGCUGAUUCAGGGAUUAGUACCCAGGAAACGGUUCUCAAGCCCAAGAAAGGUUCUUUCAAGAAGAAACCACAAAGAAAGAGACGGGUGGGAGACAGAGGUGCCAACAUCAACAUUGGGGGCAUGGGUAAUUUGGACGCUAAUAUUGAUCAUCAUGAUGGGAUGCAAUUGGAUCGAACUGGUGCAUCGGGGAUCCAAGUAGCAGAUUCUGGGUAUCUGACUCUGCAUCAUGAUGUUGCUUCGGUUCUCAAUCAUGUUGGAGACAGGGAAUCAACUGCUCCGGCAUUCUAUAAAGGCGCCGUGGGAACUCCGAAUCCUGAAAAAACUGCUACAUCAAAUGGAGACGGCGUAACUUCUUUGGUCGGUGGGGUGAAUACAUUCCCUGGAAUUUCUUCUCUGUGUCAGGGAGAAGUGCCGAGGGUCAUGGACGGCUUAAACCAGACGGCGUGUGGUGGCAGUGCCGGGUCGAACCAAGGAUAGGGCAGUAGCGGAUUUAUCAUUUAAGAGAGAAGAGUUUUGAUGGAAUUAGGUAGCGAUUACAGUAUUGGAAGUGUCAUUCUGGAGAUUAAUGGUGGAAUGCAGUAGCUGGAAACAGGUCAGUCAUAAUUCAAAUAGCCUGAGGAGGAAUUUAGUUUGUCUAUUUGAUGAUGAAGAUGUUUGUUUAGGCCAUUCGUUGAGAGGGUUUAUCUGAUGCUGGGAAUGGGAAAGAAAAGAUAUUGCCUUUAUGCUUUCAAAUUCAUAGAUUAUAAACUGUUAUUGUUGGACCCAUUUGGUUAGCUUUUGAAUCUGCAUAACCAUUGUAUGCAUAAAGCAACUAUUUGUUUAUUGCUGAUGGUCAUUGUAGACUUUUUCAGGUUUAUUAGGGCGCAAUAUAUUUAUAUAUACAUAUGAACUAUUGGUGCUUGAA